AUGGCAACUCUGCUAUCAGCUGUCAUUUACCGUAAUCGCACGCGAAUGUGUAACAUAAACAGUCGAAAUCGAUGCACAUCGCGAGUUGAGUGAUUGAAAGUAGUUCCAGAUAAAAUUUUAAAAUGUCUAUUGAUUUUGCCUGGUGGAAGAAACCACCACCCAUUGUCGAAAGUACUGAAGAUGUUCUACGGAAGUUUAUACUGGAGCCCUCGAUUCCAGUAAAUGAUCCGAAGCCUCAUUUUUGCCCCCGUGUACCCAACGUUGAAUCAUUGUACCAUAUUCCUCCUGCACCGCUUAGCACCCGUGUAGUACCAGAUCGGUGUCAAGAAACCGGAAGAAUAAUUGAUUUCAUCGAAGUGCCGAUUGAGAAUGCCGGCAGUAAUGCUAAGAACUCUAUGUCACUACAGCGUGAGCCUGGUGGCAUUGAUGAUUCCAGCAGAGGUUCCGCCUCAUAUUUUCCGUUUUGGCCGGGUGGAUUCGACGAACCGGAGAAAGCACUCCAACUGCUGGACAUUGAUAACACCGUGUUUGAAGAAAAUCUGAAAACCUGUCCACCAGGAUUUGCCAAUGGGAUGGAUUUUGGGGAUACGAGAAGUUCGACUGGAGGAGUGGUGGAUUUGUUAUCGGUGAUUGAACAAGGAUUGGAUGGUCUCGAUAUUUGGGAUUCGGGCAACGGUGCGGAUGGUGGGGUUGAUCAUACCAGAGAUUCUAAUGUCACGCAGUCAAUGGGGGUGGAUGAAAGCUUGGAUGAAUCUCUACUCACUGUAGAAAAGAAGGAAGAACAAGUAUUGCCGAUCAGCGAAGUUAACACGAAAUCCAGCACUUUGGCUGAAUGGGCGGAAAUUCUCGAUGUAUCGAAACCGGUUGCUGAUUUUAAAACUAAAAUUCCGGACAUGGCCCACAAAUACCCGUUCGAGCUGGAUAUUUUCCAAAAGCAAGCGAUUAUCAAACUAGAAGAGCACAAUCAUGUUUUUGUGGCGGCCCACACAUCGGCGGGCAAAACCGUCGUAGCGGAAUAUGCUAUAGCCUUGUCUAAAAAGCAUAUGACGAAAACUAUUUACACGUCACCGAUUAAAGCAUUGUCGAAUCAAAAGUAUCGUGAUUUCAAAACCACUUUCGAGGAUGUUGGACUAAUUACGGGCGAUAUUCAGAUUGAUCCGACCGCUUCUUGUCUCAUCAUGACGACGGAAAUCCUUCGCUCGAUGUUGUAUUGCGGCAGCGAUAUAACUCGUGAUUUGGAAUAUGUGAUAUUUGAUGAAGUUCACUAUAUAACAGACGCAGAUCGUGGCCACGUGUGGGAGGAAGUUUUAAUUCUACUUCCAGAUCAUGUCUGUAUCGUGAUGCUGAGUGCGACCGUUCCAAACACGUUGGAGUUCGCCAAUUGGGUUGGCAAAACUAAACAGAAACGGGUGUAUGUCGUGAGCACUCCGAAACGUCCGGUUCCUCUUAAACAUUAUCUCUAUACAGGUUGCGGUGGAAAGUCCAAGGAUGAUAUUUUCCUCAUUGUGGAUGAGCAGAGCACAUUUUUGACAGCUGGUUACCGAAAAGCUAAGGAAGCUACAGAUGCUAAAGCGGCAAAGAGUGCAAACAAAAACGUCGGUCGUCCCGGUCAGUUCAAUCAAAAGCAAGAACAAACCCUAUGGGUUGGUUUGAUAGACCAUUUACAGAAAAAUGAUAAGCUGCCGGUUGUAGCAUUCACAUUGUCUCGCAAUCGCUGUGAUAAUAAUGCCAACGCGCUAAUGUCCUGCGACUUGACAACAGCGCGCGAAAAGUACCACAUUACGUCCUUCUUCCAGCUAUGUUUGCAAAAACUGAAGCCUCCGGAUCGUAUUCUCCCACAGGUUAUCCAGGUACAGAACUGUUUACAGCGUGGAAUCGGGAUACAUCAUAGUGGCAUAUUGCCGAUUCUCAAAGAAAUUGUUGAGAUGCUGUUCGCUAAAGGAUUGGUGAAGGUGCUAUUCGCCACGGAGACUUUUGCGAUGGGCGUGAAUAUGCCUGCUAGAACGGUUAUUUUCGAUUCAACUAAAAAGUAUGACGGGCAGACCUCACGGAUGUUGCAACCAGCCGAGUACACGCAAAUGGCGGGUCGCGCAGGCCGGCGAGGGCUGGACCAGAAUGGAACCGUUAUCAUAAUUUGCAAGAUGGGAGUGCCUUCGGAAAGUGACUUGAGGAACAUGAUCCUUGGCAAACCGAUGCGGCUUGAAUCCCAGUUCAGACUAACUUAUGCGAUGAUUUUAUACCUUCUGAGAGUGGAGCUCGUAACGGUGGAGAAUAUGAUGCUGCACAGUUUCAGGGAGUUCGGGAAACGCCAAAAGUUGCCGGAGAGUAAAUUCGAGCUGAGCAGAAUGGAAGAAAAGAUAUCAAAGCUAAGCGAUUUGAGUGAGCACUUGAAACCAUUGUGUCAAUUCUAUGACGCUGCUGUUAACUAUUUGAGCCAAUGGAACGAACUUAUGCCCAAAAUGUUCAUGUCCAAGAAAAUCGCGAACGAGAUGAAACCUGGCAGAGUGUUGAUAGUAACUCACAAGCACCACUAUAACAAACUAGCAGUUCUAUUGACGCUGGCCCAGCAAGAGAGAAACUCCGUCCGUUAUAAGGUGCUGAUACUAGAUCAUCGAAUACCCUCCCUAGUGGCGGAAAAUUUAGAACGAGGCGAACUGUGGCACCGAAUGCUAUCCCUAUCUGCUGGAAACCGUCAUUUUCUUCCCGAAGGAAUGGGUGGUCAUUCGGUGAUUCAGAUCUCCGUAGGAGAUAUUGUAGCCGUCACUAAGCAGACUAUCAAAUGCGAUCCGGUGAAAAUACUACAAAACUGGGAUAAUCGUCAGAUACCUAGAUUCAGGGAUCAGCCACCCUCUUCAUCCGUUUUGGAUGCAAUAGCUGCCCUCAGUGAGAUAAAUAUGGCCGCCGUCAACGAAACUAAUAAGUUAGAAAUCUUGAAAUUUCAAUUCAAUCUUGAUCAGUUGAAGCAAAACGAAGAACUAAAGAAGGCAAGAGAAAAACUCGAUCUGUACAUUCCGUAUACUGAUAUUGCUGACUUCGUACACGAAUUUGCCAUAGUUUUCGAUCGCAAACAGUUGGAGAAGAAAUUGGAAGACCUGAAGUAUCAAGUAUCGUAUAAGAGUUUGUCACUCUAUCCGGACUACUGUAACAAGCUCAAGGUGCUCCAAGAACUGCGGUACAUUGAUGAAAUGCAGCAAGUCGCAAUGAAAGGACGGGUAGCCUGCGAAAUGGGACAAAACGAGUUGAUGAUCACCGAGCUGGUACUUAGAAACAUUUUAACCGAUCUGCAACCGGCAGAAAUUGCUGCUUUGCUCUCCAGCUUGGUGUUCCAGGCGAAAACUGAUGUGGAACCCAAAAUGACCGAUACAUUGACGAAGGCUCGGGUACUCUUCGAAGAAGUUGAAAACGACAUCCGAUAUGUGGAGCAGAUGUACAGUGUCACAGAUAUUUUGGACAAAGAUAAAUUGAACUUUGGUCUGAUAGAGGUCGUGUACGAAUGGGCCCGUAACAAGCCGUUUGCGGAGAUUAUGGAGCUGACCGAUAUUAAGGAGGGAAUCAUAGUUCGCUGUAUACAGCAGCUCAACGAAACAUUGUGCAAUGUUAAGGAUGCCGCACGAAUAAUUGGAGAUCCGGUGCUUAACAGCAAAAUGGAGGAAGCUUCUAAUGCCAUCAAAAGGGAUAUUGUGUUUGCAGCUAGCUUGUACACCUCCAGUACUCCAAUCGAAAUUGAAGCGGAGGCCGAUUAAUUCAAACAUUGUGUUAACUCAGUAACUCAUACAAUUAUGAUAGGAUUCAUAGAAUCGAAAUCUAUUUUUAUGUGGUUUUAUAGCGUUCAAAUAAAAUUAUCAUAUUUCACUCUCGCAUGAAUAUGCUUCGAAAUUUACAUUUUCCGCCAAAUAUAUAUAGAACUUGCCACUUCAAAUACAAUAUUCGAGACAUAGAUUUUUGGGUCAUUCAACCACAAUUCGGCAUGGUCAAAAUGCGGUUAUACUUCUGGCGGUACAAUCAAUCCAUCGGUUAUGAUCAAUGCUUUCUUUAUUUUAUUC